AUGACAGUAACAAGACCAGGAAAUCCUUCUAGGUAUCCAACUCAACCGGAUCUCUUGCGACGCACAAAUUCUUCUCACUCAUCACAGGCAAAUUCAACCAAGCGAAGCAGAGGUCCAAUUAAUAAAAGAGCUUGUCAACGUUGUAGACAAGGAAAGAUCAAAUGUGAUGGGGAUGCGGAGACUGGAAAACCUUGUUCAAAUUGUGAUCCAGAACUCUGCAAAUACGAUAAUAGUCCAAGAAAAAAUAAACAAGUGGAGAAUCUCAAGCAAAGACUACAAAAAGUUGAAGACAAACUCGUUUCCAUUUUGAAAAGCUCUAGUGACAAAUUAGAAUUAACUUAUAUCGAAAAAGAAACACUUUGUCUCUUAUACGAAAAUAAAGAACGUUUUAACGGUUCUCCCGUUUUUCAAGGGCUUCUUGAAGCAAUAAAACAAUGCCAACUUGACAGACAACUCUUAGUUUAUACUUAUUCUCUCUUGGAACGAAUUUCUACAAAUGAAGACAAAAUCUCUGGAAUAAUCGAUAGUUUACAACGUGUUCUUAUUGCUGCUACUGAGCGAGCAAAGAGUCUUUCCAUUUCACCUACAAAUACUCAACUCGAACAACAACAACAAUACGAUUCUUCAAUAAUGUCUGGUAGCGUUGAUCCAACCAUGAUAUUAACCAGCAAUCCAUCCAAUUUAUCAGCUAUUUCUUCUUUCGAAAAUAAUAUGUGCCAUAAUUGUGAAACAAAUGGCUUAAAUCAUGUUCACACCUCAUCAUCUGAUGACGAUGGAUCUGAAUCAUUUAGUAAUGGUUAUGAAUGUAAUGAUGACGGAAGUGGUGGACCUUCAACACCAAACGAACAGAAUCAUCCUAAUUGUUAUGAAUCUAAACCGUUUCAAGCAUCAAAUGGAUCUGCUCAUCAAUUACCAGGCUCAUCACAAAUGCUAGAAGUGGCUGAUUAUUAUCCAUAUUCUUAUAGUCUUCCACAAGCAGAAUAUUCUUCUCUUUUCUUUUUCGAUCAUCAAACCACAUCUCCUACAGAUGAAAAUAUGUAUUUGAAACUUAGUUAA